AUGUUCUACGUGAUAUUAGUUGCGGUGCUUCUGUGGAGGCCAAUUUUGGGAGCCCAUAUCUCGCCUGACGAUGAAACCUACAAUUCAAUGAAUCUAGUGUACACAAAGCCCACUGGGCAUCGACGCGUGAAAAGACAACUAGGUGAAGUGGCGCUACAGCUCAGCCACUUCCUUGAGUUCCUGAUCACGGCGGCAGUAGGAGCCGCGCAGCAAACGGGACGCUUAGGCCAGGACCUUGUUGGUCGAAAUGAUGGAGGUAUCCUAGCUCUGUUGGAUGCUCUUUUCGUUGGACUCGAGGUCAGCGGCGAUUUCAUCCGGAAUUUGUUGAAUGCCUUGUUGGGCACUGUGAACACGGUAAUCGGAACGCCGUCCGAUGAAGAUGCACUAAUUAAAGGCCGCUCGACUAGCGGCAAUGGCAGGGGAUCCCGGCGCGCAACGAAUCGUAAAGAUCAGAGACGACAAAAACAAUCAUUGGAAGCUUCACAAAACUCGCCUCUUUGGGGAAAAACAAUUCAGGCACAACUAAAGGUGGCUCAGCGAUUAUUAUAUGCCGCCACUGGUCGACAUAGACUAAUCUCAGCCAACAACGAACACAUCAAGAAUCGCCCAGAAAAGUAAACGGCUCAGUCUUCAUGAGAAAAAGACUAUUAAUAGUAUUGGCAGGUUAUCAUAACGAUCAACGUCUAAUUUUUUGGCUUGAAUUGACUGAAUUAGCUUGAAAUUUAGCAGACGACGUUUUGGGGUAGAUACAUUUCUGACUGGGAACCCUUUCAUUACUAUUGUUCGUUCAUUGCACACACUCAACCUUGAUUUCAACUGGCGUAAU